AUGGUGGUUGUGAUGGAGAAAAUAUUUAUUGAGAAAAACAAGUGGCGGCAAAACACUCACCGUCUCACGGCUGUGGAGGAGACACACCACCACUCAUCGGAGCCAGACAGUCAUCAAUCAACCAUCGUCAUUAACCUAAUCAGCAACUUCAGAUUCUUCAUCUCUUUGAUGGCAGUUCCCUCAUCCAAUUUGACUGCUAAAUCUUCACCCCUUUGUUUCGGGUUUCAUGUCGCCGGGAACAAGCCUUUUCUUCCGUCGUCUUAUGCUAAGUUUGGAUCACUGAAGAAGAAUCGAGAUGGAGGAAUUCAGAUUACUGUUUGUAAAGCAGCUUCUCCUUCUUCCUCCUCCUUGUCCUUUCGUUAUCUCGAUGCCGAUGAUUUUAGACAUCCGCUCGACAAGCAGAAUACGCUGCUUUUGAGGGCAAUUCCGGGUCUGAACGAAAUUGGGAAAGCUUUAUUAGGGAGCAUAGCAGAACAGGUCCUGGUACUUGAAAAUAUAGGGACCUCCGUUCUUGUAUCUGAAAAUCAGCUUUCAGAACUUCAUCAGUUAAUGGUUCAAUCAGCUGAAGCACUGAAAAUUGAAGCUCCUGAUCUGUAUGUGCGGCAAAGUCCAUCACCUAAUGCAUAUACUCUAGCCAUCAAUGGUAAAAAGCCGUUUGUUGUUGUUCACACAAGCCUUAUAGAGCUUCUUUCAAGAAAGGAGUUGCAGGCUGUUUUGGCUCAUGAGCUAGGACACCUUAAAUGCGAUCACGGUGUAUGGCUGACAGUCGCAAAUUUUCUUACCCUCGGAGCCAACACAAUACCUGGGGUUGGUGGGAUGAUAGCCCAGAGAUUAGAAGAACAACUAUUUCGUUGGCUCCGGGCUGCAGAGCUUACCUGUGAUCGUGCCGCUCUUCUUGUUGUUCAAGAUCCCAAGGUGGUCAUUUCUGUUCUAAUGAAACUGGCUGGAGGAUGCCCAUCGUUGGCUGAUCAACUUAACGUGGAUGCUUUCCUAGAGCAAGCCCGAUCUUAUGACAAAGCAUCCGCAAGUCCAGUAGGAUGGUAUAUAAGAAACGCACAAACAAGACAACUUUCACACCCUCUUCCUGUACUAAGAGCCCGUGAGAUUGACGAAUGGUCAAGAAGUGAAGAUUAUAAAUCGCUCAUGAAACGUGCCACGAGUACAAACUCUUUGCAAAAGGUUUAGCAAAUUGGGGAAGAUCAAAUACUUAUGAGUUGGAUAAAGCUGUGAAGUGUACCACUUUGGUGCUGAUUGGAUAAGCUUUCAUCUGCUAUAAAUUCAGCAAGCACACCUUAUUCUUUGGAAGACAUCUUAAGGUUAAGGUUAAUAGGUUAUACAUACAAAUGGUAUAGAUUCAAAUAUCAUGAUGUCUGAAAAACACACAUUAGCCUACGUGUUAUUUUAAAUACUCUGCUAAAGCUAUAUAUACAUGUAAUUCAAAGAUCAAGCUUUCCCUGCCAUAUUUCUAGAUCUAUAAAAAAUGUGACGAUAUUUUAA